GGGUCUUACAGUAGCAGCCUCAGACACCACCACAGUGACCUUGACAUGGGCUCUCUCUUUGUUAAUCAAUAACCCUAAUGUCUUAAAGAAGGCUCAAAAAGAGUUGGACAUCCAUGUAGGUAAAGAAAGACGAGUGAAUGAAUCUGAUAUGAACAAUUUGGUUUACCUCAAUGCCAUUAUAAAGGAAACGCUGCGUUUAUACCCUGCUGGACCCCUUUCUGUGCCUCACGAGUCUUUCGAGGAUUGUACUGUAGGUAGUUACCAUAUCCCAUCAGGCACAAGACUUCUGGUUAACAUUUGGAAAAUUCAACGUGAUCCACGUGUAUGGUCGUAUCCUUCUGAAUUUCGACCAGAAAGAUUUUUGACUACUCAUAAAGAUUUUGACGUUAGAGGCCAAAAUUUCGAAUUAAUACCGUUUAGCAGUGGAAGAAGAAUGUGUCCUGGUGUUUCUUUCGCACUCCAUGUGUUGCAAUUGACUUUAGCUACAUUGCUUCAUGGGUUUGAUUUUGCAAGCCCAACAGAUGGGCCCAUUGAAUCAGAGAGCAUUGGAAUGACAAAUCCAAGAGCAACUCCACUCGAAGUUUUAAUCAAUCCACGCCUUCCAUUGCAUUUGUACCAAUAAUUUCUACCAACACGGUGAAUGUGUUAAUUAAAAAGAAGAACUAUUCCUGUUAUGUAGGGCAUGUGUUAUUUCGGUUUGUAUGGUUUUUUAUGAAUAAAAAAAGAAUUAUUACUGUUA